AUGGAAUUAGUUCGGAAAGUUUUCGCGUCGUAUCCGGAUCCAUGGAACGACAAUCAACAGGCGAGUAAGGAUUGGCAGUUGGCGUUCAUGAAACGCCACAAAAAUUUGUCACUGCGAACACCAGAGCAAGUAAGCCAGAGCCGUGCGAAGCGAUUCAACAAAGAGAAUGUCGAUGCAUUCUUUGCCAACCUUUCAUCCGUUCUUGGUAAGACGCCGUUUGAAUCUCACCGAAUAUGGAACUUGGAUGAAACCGGGUGCCCGACCGUGCCAACCAGACCUGUCAAAACCAUCGCGCGCAAAGGACAAAAGCAGGUCGGCUCAUCAACAUCUGCCGAAAAAGACACCAAUGUGUCUUUGGCUUUGGCCGUCAGCGCUAGUGGCCAGUCUAUACCGCCAUUCUUCCUCUUUCCCCGAAUCAACAUGAAAGAGAUUUUUAUGACUCAUGCGAGUCAUGGCGCUGUUGGUGUUGCGAACGGUUCUGGUUACAUGAACUCUGACGUAUUCUCUCAAUUCAUGCAUCAUUUCAUUAAGCACACCGGUGCUAAUGCCGAUUCGCCAACCAUGUUGCUGCUGGACAACCACGGUUCGCAUUUAUCGAUCGAGGCGAUAGAUUUGGCGUUGGAUCAUGGCAUCACGUUGCUGUCUUUUCCGCCGAAAUGCACGCACAAAAUGCAGCCGCUAGAUGUUGCGGUAUUUGCACCAUUUAAAGGCAUGAUGACCGUGAAGCAUGAUGCAUGGAAAAAGUCCAACAUUGGUGUCACUUUCGAUCUGCAUCAUGUGACGCUCCUUGUCGAUCAGUGCCUCGAUGUUAUGUUAACGCCGAAAACCAUCAAAUCCGGCUUCCGAACAACUGGCAUCUACCCGUUCAACCCGCAAAUUUUCACUGAAGUUGACUUUGUCGCUUCGGAACUGAGCGGCGAAAAUUUGUUCGGUGACGAAGAGAAAGACGCCGACAAUCAACGUCGAGUUCUUGCCUCUGGUGAUGCCAUUGUGACUGCUGCGAAUCAGGAGGUGUCAACGUCGGAGGCAUCGACAAGUGCCCCAGCUUCAACAAGUGGUGCUGCAUCAUCGUCGUUGUCUCUUGUUUCGGCUCCACAGCUCCGUGAUGCACUGAAAUCGGUUGGCCCGUUGAAAUUGGGCACACCUGCGCCGAAAUCAAAACGUGGCCGCAAGACAAUGGAGUCAACGAUUUUGACAUCGCCUGAGGUUGUCGCAGAUCUGCGAGACGAGGCCGAAAAAAAGCGGCAAAAAUUGACGAAGGCAGCCGAUGAACCAGCAGCCAAGAAGGCCGUGGUGCGGAAGGAGAAGUUCAAUGAACUACUACGCACACCGUAUUGA